UCGGAAGCAAUUCAUUUCUUCUCAAUCUAUCCUCACCCUUGAGAGGCACGUUCUUCUCUUCUUCUUCUUCUUCUUCUUCUUUUUCUUCUUCUUCUUCUUCUUCUCCUCGAUCCCAUCACCAGGAUGGACCAGAACAGAUCUUCUCAGAACCAGCCUGGGGAACCGGUGAUCUACAAGGUUGAAGUGACUACGGGGCAUGGCCUUUUAACCGGGACUUUCGACCUGAUCUCCAUCGCCUUGGUGGGCACCAAUGGAGAAAGCCCCAAGAUGUAUCUGAAUCAGUUUGGGAUGACCUGCUGUCAAGGAUCGGGGGCUGAGGUGGACCUUCCAUGCGACCGGGACCUGGGACCCCUCUUGCUGAUCCGCCUGCAGAAGGAACCGUAUUCUUGUUUCCCCGAGAGCAGCUGGUACUGCGAUAUCGUCCAGGUGACUAGUCCUCAAGGAGAAGUCUUCCUCUUCCCCUGUUACCAGUGGAUCGAGGGUUACUGUACGGUCUCCUACAGAGAAGGAACAGCUCACAUCCCUUCCGACGACACCCACGGCCUUCAGCGGAGGCAUCGUCAGGAGGAGAUCCAGCAGCGGCAGAGAAAAUAUGGGUGGAAGGAAUACAUACCAGAGGUACCCUGGUGUGCUGACAUCGACACCCUGGCCACGAUUGAGUACAACAUUGAAUACUCCUUCCCUAAGACAGCAGCUUUUUUUGGACGGGGGUCGACUGCCCUACUUGAGGCCAAAAUGAAGGGCUUCCUAAACAAACCUUACUCCUGGGAGAAGCUGGAGGACAUUCGCAAGAUCUUCUGGUUCUACCACACUCCUGUCUCAGAGUUUGUGUUUAAGCACUGGAAGGAUGAUACCUUCUUUGGCUACCAGUUUCUGAACGGAAUCAACCCGAUCAAAAUCCAGAAAUGCACCAAGAUUCCGGAAAAUUUCCCCGUCACUCAGGAGAUGGUGGCGGGAACUUUGGGAAAAUAUACCACCCUGCAGGAAGAACUGAAGAAAGGGACCAUCUAUCUGGUAGACUACAAGAUCCUGGAGAACAUCCCCGCUAUUUUAUUAAACAACCACCAGCAAUAUAUCGCUGCCCCUCUUUGUCUGCUCCACCAGAAACCCAGCGGAGAAGUUCUCCCCCUGGCUAUCCAGCUCAGCCAGCAACCUGGUCCUCAAAGUCCCAUCUUCCUGCCCACCGACGAGGAGUGGCUCUGGACCUUAGCCAAGACCUGGGUGCGAAACUCCGAGUUCCAUACCCACGAGGUGAUCGCCCACCUGCUCCACGGCCACCUGAUGGCCGAGGUCUUCUCGGUGGCCACGCUGAGGAACCUCCCCAUGUGUCACCCGUUGUACAAGCUCCUGAUUCCUCACUUGCGGUACUCCAUCCACAUCAACGUGUUGGCCAGGACAUUCCUGAUCAGCCAAGGGGGCACCUUUGAUAAGGCCAUUGCCACCGGACGCCAGGGAUUAGCGGUGCUUCUCCAAAAAGCCACGGACGAUCUGACUUACACCCAGCUCUGCCUUCCGGACGACAUCGAAGCCCGGGGAGUGGGCGGCCUCCUCAACUAUUACUACAGGGACGAUGGCCUGAAGAUCUGGGAAGCCAUCAAGAGCUUCGUCUCGGGCAUCGUCGGACUCUACUACAAGAGCGAUUCAGCUGUCCAGGGAGACGUCGAGCUGCAGGCUUGGCUGGCCGAGAUCUUCGCCAAGGGGUUCCUCAGCAAAGAGACCUCAGGCAUCCCCUCCUCCAUCCAGUCCGUCCCAGAACUCAUCAAGUACCUGACCAUGGUCAUCUUCACCUGCUCGGCUCACCAUGCGGCGGUCAACGGCGGGCAGUUUGAGAUGGGGGCUUUCAUGCCCAACCUGCCUUCGUCCAUGAGGAAGCCCCCUCCCCAGGCGAAGGCCCCCCUCAGGCUCCAGGACUUCCUGGACACCAUCCCGGAAAUGAACGUCACCAGCCAGGUGCUCUCCGUCCUCUGGGUGCUGCAGAACGAGAUCCUCGACAUGAAACCGCUGGGCUGCUACGACGAGCAACUCUUUGUGGAGGAAGCUCCGAAGCGGCUCAUCGGCGAUUUCCAGGAACGUCUCAAGCGCAUCACUGUGGCCAUCGACAGCCGGAAUAAGACCCUCACGCUGCCUUACACUUACCUCUAUCCCCCCAACAUAGAAAACAGCACGACAAUCUAGGACGCUGGGUCGCUCAGCCUGCGCAUGUUGCUAGUCCUCAACGAGGGUUCCCGCCCAUUUUUUUUUUCUCCUUUCGAAAGCCGGGGGUAGGGACGGAGGAUAUGAAGAGCAUCAGAGAUGCACGAAUUCCACCUCCAGGAAUCCCUCCAGGCAACAGACAAGGCAAAGGAGAAACAAUCGCGAAAUGCAGUUGCGUCCGAGGUCAUAUCGUUGUACGGCUAGUCCUCGACUUGCGACCAAAACUGAGCCCGAAGUUUCUGUCGCUAAGCGAGACAUUUUUUUAAAAAGUGAGUUUUGCCCCUACGUUAAGACCUUUCUUGCCAGGGUCGUUAAACGAAUCGCUGCCGUUGAUAAACUUAGCGGCCCGGUCGUUAAGCGAAUCCGGCUUUCCCCUCAGAAGGUCGCAAAGAAGGGGAAAAAUCGCGUGACCUUGGGACACCAGCGACGGUCACAAAUAUGAAUGUCGAUCCCACGGGGAGGCUGCGGAGGUCGUAACUGUGAAACACAGGACUUUGAUCCGGGGCCGUUGUAACUUUGGACGGUCGUAAGUGGAGGACUAGCUGCGGAUCCCUUCUGUGAGUUCAGGGGCCGCUGAUUGAGCAAUUCUGAGGUAACUAAUUUGAGGACAAGAGGCCCUUUUGAAACCAAACAUGUCAAAGGCGCCUGGUUUUUUCUUUUUUUUCCUCCGCUACCAAAAUAAAUCCUGUUUUACGCAA